UGGAAACCCUCAAAUUCCACAGCGCGCACUUUAGCACCUAUUCUCUUCUUAACCUCGUACGUUAAAACCGCCCCUUCUCUCUCUCCCUCCUCCUGCCUCAUAUAUAUAUAUACAUAUAUACACCCACACUACGUAAAGCUAAGCCAACACAAAUACAAAGAAAAUGGCAGAAAAACUUGCAGCUUUAACAAUCCCAUGAAACCCCCUCUUCCACUUCUUAGCAAAGUCAAAGAAAUUGGAAAAAGGAAGAAACUUUGUGUCUUGAUUUGAUACAUUUUUUGUUUUCUGUUGCUUUGCGGGAGCAAUUUUGGGCUUGUGUGUUUGUGUGUGUAAUCUGAAUAGUGUUAAUGGCAAUGGGACCAGAAAGAUCGAAAGCUUUACACAAUUUCACCUUACCUUAUGGAUUGAAGUGGGGGAACCAGAGGCAUUUGAGGUGUGCUAAGGUUGAAUCAAAUGAAGAAAUUGCUUCCGUUCAUCGGAGGUCAAAUGGGUCUGAGUCGAUCAGAUGGAGGAUAGAGACGGAAAUGGUGGACCGGAACAGAUCAAACGAUCGGUUAAGCUGGAAAUUCAAGUCCCCGGAAAAAGAAGGAAUCGGAGCUGUAAGAGAGAAACUUAUGUUUGAUCUCGUGACGGAAGCUGAUAAGAUGAAAGACAAAAUCUUUCAGAAGAAAGUUUCUCCGGCGCCGGCGACGACUUUGACCGGAGCUGUUUCUGUUGCCGGCGCCGAUGACUUUUCGAGGCCGUGGAACUUGAGGACUCGUCGAGCGGCUUGUAGAGAUCCUAACGGAAUUGUAACCGGCGCCAGUGCCGGUGGAUCGAAAGAAAAGUUGAAGAUUGGUACUAACAAAGCCAAUGUUCCAUCACCAUUAAAGACGGAAAACAAAUCUCCAAAUCUUCGAAGUGGGGAAGCUUCCGGAGCUUCUUCAGUUGGCGAGAAGAGACAGAGGAUGAAAUAUUCGGUUACCCUUUCACGUAGAGAAAUCGAGGAAGAUUUCAUGGCGAUGAUUCAACAUAGACCACCUCGUAGACCCAAGAAACGAGCUAAACUGGUUCAAAAAAAUUUGGAUACGCUAUUUCCAGGGCUGUGGUUGACGGAAAUUACAGCUGAUUUAUACAAAGUGCCUGAUGAUCAAUAGAUUGUUAAAGAUGGGAAGUUGGAAGCGUGUUUUUCUGACAAAAAAGACAUACAUUUGUGACUGAUUAUCGAUUAUUGUAGUUGGAAAUUUGAUGAAACAAUUGUUUUUGUUCAGGUAACAGAAGGGGUGGGGGUGAGGGGUGUAAAAGAGGACAAAGAUUAGUUGCUCCGAUGAUGCUAAUUUUGUUGAAAUGAUUGGAUUUGUUCGCAAUCUUUGGCUGUUUAUGUUCAUUGGAAUAAGUUAAAUAUAUAUAUAUAGUUGGUUUAAUUUUGCA